AUGGAUCACAGCAACGUCACGGGCUGUGUGCUUGCUGCGUUUGAGAGCCUCUCCUCUCUGCUUUAUUGCUGCACACCUGUCAACAUCUGUCUUCUGUCCUUCCAUUCCUCUACUGUCUGCUGCAGGGACUUGAGGUAUACCAGCCUGCAGGGCUCGCUCCCUGCAUCCCUCGGCAACCUUACUCAGCUCACAGGCCUCUACGUGGACAGCACAGGCCUGCAGUGCGCCACAGGGGGGUGGUGCGAGCUGAAUCAGCAGUCAACGUCAGCAUUCUGCCAGCACUGCUCCUUCUUCUGCUCCAACUGCUCCGUGCAGCCAGCUGACGUGUGCGCCUCGUUUCAGUUCAACCCAUGCGGAGGGGGUGCCUGUGUGUCCCUCCCCAAUGGCACCUACACCUGCCAAUGCCCUCUCGGCAGCACCAUCGGGAACAACGGCACCAUCGCUCCCACUUGUGUCCCUUGUCCCACAUGCCUCAACUUGCAGUGCCUCUUGCUAUUCCGGGCGUUGGCGUUGCUGAGCCGCCGCGGAUCCGGGAAUCGUGCUCGCGGCACCAUCCCCUCGUCGCACAUCCGCGGGCGACGCGGCCGAGUCGUCGCACAGCGGUCGCUCGGCGACGUCGGCAGUCGCCGGCGAAUCUGGCGGCGAAUCGCCACGCGUCGCGUGCGGGGAUUGGCUGAAGCAUCUCCAAGCCCUCCAUCUACCAGUCCGCCGCCCACAGGCCUGCCGCCCACCAAUCCGCCAUCCACCUCCCCAGCGCCUGCCAGUGCCCCAUCACCUCCCAGUGCGUCACCUGGCUCUCCCCCUGGAGCGGGGGCAGGUGGCACCACAGCAGUCACUCAGGCACCACAGGCUCCCAGUCAAACUCGCAGCGGAACAGGAAUGAAAGCUGAGGGCCUUGUCAUCAGUUCAUGUGUUCUACUACUGCUGCCGCAAAUCCUCGUGCUUUUGUUUGCAUGGGGGAGCUAG